UUUGACAUUAUUUUUUUAGCUGUUUGUUGUUGCGGCGAAUUCGGAAAUGAUCACGGAGGAAAAUCCGCAAAAUGUUACCAAAACCUUCGAAUUCUCUUUCCCGACGUGCACCAACGAGGAUGUGCUGUUCAAGCUGCAGGUUCCGGUGCAGAUCCCGCACGGGGGCAGCACGCGCGAGCUCGUGCAGCGAGUCAUCAACAUGUUCAACAUUCCCGUCUAUUUGGAAGAAGAACUAAAUGAGAAGCUAGCAAAAUUUGUGUCAGACGAGACCAAAAACUUUCACAAUGAGCGUGAUGAAAAACUGCUGAACCAGCUGAAAAACAGCGAAAUAAAUGUGGACAGUAUUGUCAAGAACUGGGAGAAGCUUUUCAAGGAUAACGUAGUUGAGUAUGCGGAGCAGAAGGGAACGUCUGAUGAGGAGGUGUUUGGGGCUGCGUACCAUAAGCUGGUCCACUCCCCAGCGCUGGAGACCAUCCUGCAGGUGGAGAGGACCUACGCCAGGACCGUCGCCGAUAUGCUGAAGAACCGAGAAGAGGAUAUCGCUAAGAUCACUCAGAGACAAACCGAAGAGAUGGAAGAGAAAGUGAAGCUCCUAAACACGUUCACAACGGAAGACGACAUCAACGCACUAGCCGCGUCCCACUUCGAGGAACAGAGCAUGGUGGAAGGCCGGUGGGGCUCGCAGCUCGAUGCGCUGUGGCACGCGCAGAGAGAGGAGUAUAGGACCUGGAUCAUGACCAUGGUCGAGGAGUACCAGGGCAGCGAGGCGCUGAAUACACCUAGCAACUCCCCGCUAGGCCUGCCCCCCCUGCCCGCGCCGCCCGCGUCCCGCGCCGCGGAGGGCGUCCCACGCCUCGAGGAGUCCUUCACCAUCCACCUCGGCUCCCAGCUGAAGCAGACGCACAAUCUGAGGAUAGUCGCCAUGGAUGUCAUGGACCUGUGUCGUGCUGAGGGGGAGAGCGACUCAUCCGACCUCUCGACCCGCCUGCAAACGGCGCUAGGCCUCUACUCCUCAUCCCUAAGCUGCGUGGUCCUCCUCUGCCCCGAGUCUGACCUGGACUCGAGUCCGCUGGGCGAGUCGGGUCUCCUUCAGGAACGGGCGAGGGCGGCCACGGAGUACCACUUCCCGGCACCCGCGGCGCAGUUGCAAGCUGUGGCUGAGAGACUUAGCGCUGAGCUAGACAAGCGCCCCGCCGACGCGUCGCCCGCGCGCCGCCGCCGCCGCCUCCGCGCCGGCGACAUCUACGUGACGCGACACAGCAACCUGGCUGAGGUUCAUGUGGUGUUCCAUUUGGUGGUCGAUGAUUCGGUGCGGUCUGGCGACAUAAACUCGCGGCACCCGGUGAUCCUCGGGCUGCGCAACAUCCUCAAGACGUGCUGCUGCCACGACGUGACCAACAUCACGCUGCCGUUGUUGCUGACUCAUGAGCUGACUGACGAGAUGACGGCGGCGUGGUGCGUGCGGCGCGCCGAGCUGGUGCUCAAGUGCGUGAAGGGCUUCAUGCUGGAGACGGGCUCGUGGGGCGGCGCCGCGCUGCGCGGGCUACAGGUGGCCGCGCCCCCGCAGCUCGCGCCGCCUGUGUUCCAGUCUCUGGCGAGGCUACUGCCUCAGGUGUUUAGGACGCCGACGCCGUUGAAGCUUAACACUGAAUAAGGACCUUAUCACACUAACUGUUGACGCAACAAUAACGCCGCAACGUAGACGUCAUUUUGUAUUGUCGUGUACAGACGGCGCCCCCCCCGCUCUUCAAUGCGUGACGAGACAUUUUUGUGAUAAUAAUGGUGUCAGCUGCGCUGCACGGGUUCGUUAUCGACGUAGGUAAACAUCACUGUAUCGCGAUUGGCGAUAAAUACAACGCUGUGAUUGGUUAUCGACGUUGACGACAGACUCGUGAAGUCGUGAAGCGGCCGCAGAUGUCAGUACCAUUCCAGUUAUGAAAUCAAAGGAAAUAUAAAUUCAUGAUUAUAGUCGGGACUGUUAUGUAAUUAUCUAAAUGUAGAGGAUAUAUCUAUGUAUAUUGUAAUGUAAGUUAUAUACCUAUGUAUAAUCAAUAAUUUAUAUUUAUAAUUGAAUUUAUAACCUAUUGAUAAUGUAAAAAAAUAAACAGUAAAAUAUCA